GUCGCCCAUUUUUUGUUUACGUUAUUUCAUUCUGAAAUUCCUCUAGUAAAAUAGCGGAAAUAUUUAGUAAAAUGGAGACGGAAGAAAAUAGCGUUGAAGAAAAGAAGCGGCGUGUUAUAAAAACUGCUACAGACUUACAGAGACUAAAGUUGGAAAAGUUAAUGUCGAAUCCCAAUAAACCAGUUGUAAUACCAGAAGCUCAAAAAGAAAGAAAUUGUAAUCAAACAGCACCCAGUUUUGUACGCAAUGUCAUGGGAUCUAGCGCUGGGGCAGGUUCUGGCGAAUUUCACGUUUAUCGGCAUUUGCGGAGGAAAGAAUAUUCCCGUCAAAAAAAUAUACAAGCGAUGAGUGCUAGAGAACAACAAGAUCAAGAAUUUCAAAGAAAAAUUGAGCAUAAUCAACGUGUAGCUGAAGAAAAAACAGCGAAAAAAAGAGCAAAACGUCUGAAAAAAAAGGAGCGAAGUAAAAAAAAACACGAACUCAGUAAAACCGUGGAAAAUUAACUGAUUAGAAAGUAUUUAGAUAUAUAGAAACUACUAUUUAGUUAAGAACUUUUAUUUCUUACUAAACUUAAAAAUAAUUCUUUUUUCGACAGAUUAAUAGCAAUACAUAAGUAUUUAUAGUCGAAGUUUGGAAUUUGAUAUGUUGUACUAAGAUAAGAUAAUAAAAAGGAUUUAAAAAUUUUCUAAGAGUA